AUGAAGUUGUUAAUUGAAUUUAUCUUCGCUUCGUGUCUGAUCGCGAGUAUUUCCGCUGCUGCAGUGCCGAAUAGACUCUUUGAGCGUGACGUCGCAAGUGAUUAUGCCGAGCCAGUCGCCAGCGAGAUAGACGAACUCGGACCCGCGGCCAGUGAAAUAGACGCACAAGGCCCGGAACUAGUCAGAGAACGUCGCUUAACCUGUGAUUUGUUCUCCUUCCAAUCGCAGUGGGUCUCGCCUAAUCACUCAGCUUGCGCCGCGAAAUGCAUCGCUCAAGGAAAACGCGGCGGGUCUUGCUCAAAUGGAGUUUGUAAUUGCAGGGGCAGAUGGUGGGGUAAAUAA